AUGGAUCGCCCAGAUCUACACAAGAGCAAAUCGGAGCCGGCCAACAUACCUCAGCUGGCGAACACCGGGUCCGGCUCCAGUGACGGCGAGACUAUCGUGGUCACUCAGGAAGAAGCUGCGGUUAUAACGCCAGAAGGUGGACGAAGCCCUCUGGCACUGAGCCCCCUGUCACGCAUAUCUUCAGAGAGCAGCAGCUCCUACCAGGAAGACUGGGAGCCGCUCACGCCCGUCGAGAGGUUGACGGUCCUCGAUCUGCUAGGCAACCUGGCAAUUUCGCAGAAAUUGGAGAAAUGGCAGACCUCACUCAACGCUCAGAAGGAGAGGGUUAAACGACAGCAGGAGAAGUUCAGGUCGACCAGCCAGCAGGCACGGCAGAGGGUUGUUGGUGAAUUCAAGAAGAGGAUGCCUACCUCUGAGGAACAGCUGCAGAAAUACAGGAAACGCAUGAAGCACUCUGUUGAACGACUUACGGUCCGGUGGAACGACACAGUCACGGUCACCGCCAUAGAGAAGAUAUCGUUCAUCGCCGGUGUCCUCAACGUUUUCAUCAGCGGCUACCUGCUUGGAGCCUACCCUACGUACUUCUACCUCUGGUUCACAGGCCAGCUCGUCUACUUUAUGCCUCAGCGAUACUACAAAUACUGCAAGAUCGGAUACCAUUACUUCCUCGCCGAUCUCUGCUACUUUGUGAACUUUCUGACCAUACUGAGCAUGUGGGUGUUCCCGAGCUCGAAACGACUGUUCCUCAGCACCUGGUGUCUUGCCUAUGGAAAUAAUGCUGUUGCCAUCGCCAUGUGGAGAAACUCGAUGGUUUUUCACAGCAUAGACAAAGUCGUCAGUUUGUUCAUUCACAUCAUGCCUCCGGUGACCCUCCAUUGCCUGGUCCAUUUGACGCCCCCGGAUAUGCUCGAAACCAGAUUCCCAGCGGUAUACCAGAUCAAGUUCAGCUCGCCCGGUUCGCCUGAACACUACACACUUGGAGCAAUGAUGAUAUGGGCAUCCGUUCCAUACGCAAUCUGGCAACUCAGCUACCACUUCCUUAUCACAGUACGCCAGAGAGAUAAGAUUGCUGCCGGCCGCCCAACCAGUUUUACCUGGCUUCGACGAUCAUACGCCAAAACAUGGAUCGGCAAAUUUGUACUCCAUCUCUCUGAUCCCCUGCAAGAGCCGGCCUUCAUGCUCAUCCAAUACAUAUACGCAAUCCUCACCAUCGUGCCCUGCCCUCUCUGGUUCUGGUAUCAAUGGGCAAGCAGCGCAUUCCUAACUGUGGUAUUCAUAUGGAGUAUCUACAACGGCGCAACAUUCUACAUCGACGUGUUUGGAAAGCGGUUCCAGAAAGAGCUCGAGCAGCUGAAGAGAGACGUUGCCAAAUGGCAGAUGUCCCCCGACGCUCUGACGGCAGUCGCUGAUCCCCUGAGCCAAGAUGGGCUCAAACCAGCCUCCCUCACCGAAGUGGUCAUGGCAGCACCCAAGCAGACACAGGUAGAACCCAGCCAGGCCAUCACCAACCUCGAUUUAAACGCGAACGCCAAAGCUGUCUCUACGGGUGCUUUGGUUGAUGACGCACCUCCCUCUACGACUCAUAGACGACCUUAA